AUGCAGCCUUCCUCCAAGUUUCCAAAAACAGAAGACAUUGAUAAAAUCAUAUCAGCUGAGAUCCCAGAUAAAUCAUCUGAUCCAGAUCUUUACAAUGUUGUUAAAGAUUGUACGAUUCAUGGUCCCUGUGGAGCUGCUAAUAUGAAUUCACCAUGUAUGGAGAAUGGACAGUGUUCGAAAAUGUUUCCUAAGCAAUUCGCAGAGAAUACUAGGGUGAAAAAAGAUGGAUUUCCGCUCUAUAGAAGACGCCAGUCGGACUGUUAUAUUGAGAAGAAUGGUUUAAAAUGUGAUAACAGAUGGGUCAUCCCUUACAACAGGAAACUCUCUCUUCGUUAUCAAGCUCACAUUAAUGUAGAGUGGUGCAACCAAGUUGGUUCUAUUAAGUAUCUAUUUAAAUACAUUAAUAAAGGAGCGGAUCGUGUAAUUGUAGUUGUCGAACCACCAGGGCCAGAAGUUAGGAGCGAAACAGUAGCUACCUCAGCUCCAGCGAACUCAGCACCACCAAGCUCAUCUGCAGCCCACUUUGCUACAGUAACCUCAGAUUGUGCGACCUCAGCUACAGCUAACUCAGCGACAGACACUGGUGGUGAUGUUUUGAAACAAAAUGUGGAGAUUAAGAAGAAUGAAAUAAAGGAUUUCUUUGAUUGCAGAGGGAAGGACAAACUGAAGGAUGUUGUUGGUCGUAAGCUUAUCGAGAACACAAUGUUUCUGGCUUGGUUUAAGUUUAAUGAAGUUGAUGCUUUCGCUCGGACUCUUACUUAUAUUCAGAUUCCCAACUACUACACAUAUUCAAAGAGUCAGAAGAAGUGGACUAGAAGGAAGCAAGGGUUCAGUGUUGGAAGAAUUAAUUAUGCCCUGCGUAAGCAAAAAAGUGCUUAUUUUUUUAGAGUGCUAUUGAACUACGUCAAAGGUCCUACCAGCUUUGACGAUAUUAAAACCUACAAUGGUGUAGUUUAUGAGGGGUAUAAAGAGGCAUGUUAUGCUCGAGAAAUAUUGGAUGAUGACCAAGAGUAUAUAGACGACUUAGUGAGGCGCAGUUAUGAUAGCUCUGCAGCUGUUGUUCGUGAUCUUUUUGUUCUAAUGCUUCUAUCCGAUAGUAUGUGUCAACCUUGGGAUAAAACUUGGGAACUGUUGUCAGAAGAUAUCGAGUAUAAUCACAGAAUGCAUUUCAAUAGGCCAUGGCUUAUACUAAGCGACAGUGACAAGAAACUAUAUGCUCUUAUAGAGAUUGAGAAGCUUAUGAAAAAGAAUGGGAGUUCACUUUCAGUAUAUGAAUCUAUGCCUAAACUGCCUGCCGAAUUCAAACCGAUCGAAAAUGUUUUGAUCUUGGAUGAGUUAAAUUACGACCUAGAUGAGUUGCAAGCCACUCAUGAUAGAGAUAUUCUGAAGAUGACUGAUGAACAAAGAAAAAUAUAUGAUGAGAUCAUUGGUGCUGUUGUUGAAGGUAGAGGUGGAAUGUUCUUUGUUUAUGGGUUCGUUGGGACUGGAAAAACCUUUCUUUGGCAAAUUCUAUCAGCUGCUGUUAGGUGUAGGGGAGAUAUAGUUCCUAAUACUGCAUCUAGCGGAAUUGCUUCUUUGUUGUUACAAGGUGGUAGGACUGCUCAUUCCCGUUUUAGCAUACCAAUCAAUCCAGAUGAGUUUACUACAUGUUCAUUGACUCAUGGAUCAUAUAAAGCUAAUUUGAUAAAGGAAGCGUCUCUAAUUAUUUGGGAUGAAGCACCAAUGAUGAGCAAAAUUGUUUUGAAUCUUUAG